AUGGUCCUUCACAGGAGGAUGCAAAAGUGUCUACGAUGGAAAGCAACAAAAAUUCCACCUGAGAUCCCAUCUCCGUUCCCCUCUGAUAUUUUCCAAGUUUUUGAUCUAAAAAGAAGGUGUGUUUUAGAUCUUAAUCAACACACAUGUUCUUGUGGGAAAUGGCGCAGUCUGGGUAUAGCAUGUGGUCAUGCUAUUGUUGCAGCACGUUAUACAAAAAACACGGAAUUAACCGAUAUGGUUCAAAUAUAUUAUCUUGUUGAUGUGUUUGGAACUACAUACCAGACUAGAAAUGUGAAAGUUGUUCCCCCUGCAUCUGAAUGGGAAAUACCAGAGCCGUUGAUGGUCAUUUUAAUCCCUAUGUAG